AUGCUGCGCUCUUUGGUUCUCUGCUUCGCCGUUUCCCUCUUGUGCUUGCUGGAAGUCGAUGGACGGUUCAGCAUGAGUGGUUUUAAAAGGAUCCAGAAUAACUUCCUAAAACGAGCUGACCCUACUCGAAUGUUGAAAACCGGUUCAUCGGUGACAUCACUGUAUGUGGGCGGUACUGGCAUCUGGUGGAGAUCUGGUGUAAUUGCCUCCAUUUCCCAAAUGGAGCAAGGGGAGAAAGAAAAGGCAAUGGAAACACUCAAUAUCGCCAUUGCAACCCUAGCAGUCUUCGACACAACGCAAGCAACAGUGUCCCCCCUUGCAUCUGAACUGAUUGAGCAGUUAGUGAAACACAAAGGAAAGUUCCCAAACACAUUCAGUGGACUCACAAAUUAUAACAAAGCGGUAACUGAGGGCGUGGUCAGCGGCAGUGCAGAUGACGUAGAUGACAUCAUUGAUAGCGCCAAGGCUUGGAAAAAAAGAAUAGGAGAGUUUUUCGACAGUGAAGUUACAGCAUUUAUGAAGAACACCCAAGGGUAUGAUGAUCUCGUCAAGAGUCUGAACAAUGCGAAAACUUGGGCAAAAGGUUUGACGUGGCUCGACACGAUUAGUGGUCCUCUAUUUGAUGCCGCUAAUGUGGCAUUUUGUGGCUGGCAGUUGCAUAAUGCAAUCAAUGACAAGGAUUCUCCACCAGAAGUCAGGUCUUUGAAUAUUGCAAGUGCUUCGAUGGGAUUUGCAAGCGGAGCCGUUGGAGUGACUUCAUUCGUUGUGGGUGCAUUGGCGACAGCUGGGAGUACUCUGGCUGCAGUAGCAGGUCCUGUCGGUGCAAUCAUAGGAUGUCUGCUUUCGCUUGCCUCAAUCAUUAUCGAUUUGAUUAAUUCUGUUAAUCCAUACGGCACCAUCAAAAAUCAUCUUGAGACAAUACAGAAAUUGAAAGAAGGCUCCCUACAGUAUCUUCAAAAUCAAGUUGACAUAACUAACCAAGUCACUCCCGUGUUCAAUUAUAAUACUGGCUUUGGCACUAUUUACGAGAUCAACCAAGGGAAUUUGAUACAAGGGAUGCGUUCAGAGUCAGUUCAACAUAUAUCUGGUGUUGACGACGACCCAAAAAUCAAAUUUAGCUCGAAAAAAAGCCCGGGUCAUGAGAAUGACUAUCUUACAAUGGGAAAGAACCGAAUUUUCGACAAGUCAAAAUAUGGCAAUAUCAUUUUUAGACCAAAAGGUACGGUACAGCUCGGUUAUGACUUCUAUGGCAAAGUAACUAAACCAGACGGAAAGGGAGUGACGGUCAUAGCUAACACAGCUAUGGUUGCCGAGCAGUUUUGGAUCAGGGGAGUUCAUAUUGACACUAGGGUAGAAAACGAUGAGGAACAUAACAACCCUGAUAAUGUAGUGAUUGGAGAAAUGACUGGCCUUGCUGAAUCAGACCAUUCAAUCCGAGUUUACACUGGCGCUGGGGACGACUUGCUCCAGGUUACUGGUCUGCUUUGCAAUCUCUGGACUUAUCACCAGGACUGUUUUUGGGGUACACUUGGAACAGGAGUCAAUACAUUGUCAUUUCAAGGUCUAGACCCAGAUAGAGUUGAGUUCCCGACUGGUCAUACAAGUGGAGCAUCCAAAGUUUUCGUUGGUUUAAAGUACGAUUUGAGAGAAACUGGAAGGGUUCCGAGCUGCGAAAUUUACUUGAGGAUAAAGGAGUCAGACGAAUCAGUAAAAGACUACAGAAUCGGUUACGUGACGGGCGUGAGCGUAUUUCAUGGUACCUAUCCAUUUGCUAGCUAAUAAGAUCUGGUUAUUCGUACCCAUGUAACACAUUACGUUAAUGAUUAACGUCGAAGAUGAAGUUCAUUGCCCUUUCUUUCGAGCCAGAGGGUCAGGUUAAAAACGCUCGGCAAAAGAAUAUUACUUAUCAAAAUCGACCCAAACUUAACUGUCUUUUUGGUCAAUUAAACCUUUAAAACAGGAAAUAAACGCUAGACAAUUAUGUACUCCUAGAAAAUCCCCUAAAACCCUUAAAAAAGAGUUGAAUGUUCAUCCUUUAAAUUCUGCUACACUAUCAAUACAUCCACGAAAGUAAGGAAUAUACUUGAAACCUUUAGCUGAUUUGGCGAAAUUAUUCCAGUUUUAAGAUAAUUUUGCAUUAUCUUAUCACGGAAAAUGUGUUUUUUCUACAGGGUCUCCACUAGAUGACGAAAUUGUGAUGGGGGAAGAUAAAAGUUGCGUGGUCAAAAACGAUGGCGGAAACAACAAAUACAUCAUUUAUAUUUCAAAUGAGCACCACUUUACCCACACGAUCAUCGACGAUUCCAAUACUCUUGGUGAAAUAUACCUCGUUGGAAGAACAGGCGUUAGGAAUGGGGAAAGUUACUUUCAAAUGGACCAUGACGAUAUGGGAUACGAUGAAGAAUCACAAACAAUAGUGACCUUCAUGAAAGACAGUAAUAGGAGGCACACUUUCACGGGGAGGAUUAUCAUUAAACGUACAAAACCAGGCGAUGUUAAAGAAAUGAAGCUGUAUCUGGUUCGGCCCCGCAACAUUUUUGGAUGCAAGCAGGUUGCAAGUUUGGAUAAAGAAGGGGUUGACUGUAGUUGGGAGUAUACACUAGGGCAUGACUCAAUUAACAGAGGGAUUGGAAGUAAACAUCAUUACAACAGUAUUGAUGGGUGGAAUAUUGAUGAUCGUCCCGUCCCAAGCGUUCCAUUUCGUUACAACCUCGAUACUGAUCUAGAAGCCGAUCCAAUUCCUGGCCUCUGUGGGGAUUUCAUUAUCGCUCUCAAAGGCGAUCAUCCCUUCAGUAAAAAUCUGCAGUAUUCUCUGCGACUACCAACGAAUUCUUUUAUCGCAAUUAGUGAUCAAUUUAUGGCUGACCUAAAGGAAGCAUUUUAUCUCCUUUACUACAUGAAGUCGGAGAAGAAGCUGGUUUUCGAACAUCGUUAUGGUCGGUACACAAAAGCAGCUUACACAAUCAAAGUUCAUGUUCCAGAGGCAAAACGCAUCGUGUAUGGGACAGUGGGAAGUUAUCGGCUUCUUUUAGAUCUAAAGCAUGAUGACAGACCAGCAGUGAAUUUUGCUAGUGAGUGCUUUGGUUUAGAUUCAAGGUCAGUUGAAGAAUACAAAUUUACAGAAAACUACGCUGAUGAAAACGACUGGAAACCUAACCAGCUUGUCCUUGGAGUUCCUUCCAAAACUCCUACAGAAUCAGCUAAAUGUAUUGAGUUCAGUAAAGCAAAAACCUACGGUCGUAAAGUACUUGACGAGAGACCCUGGGAGGGAGAUGACACAACCGGCGACUACGCAGAAAAUGCCUUGAUUGUCGGUGACUCCCUUUGGACGCACCUUUCAAGUGAAGACAAUGACAUGAAGAUCGAAUUUGAGCCAAUUAAAGUAUCUAAAAAGAAAAAGGACAGACCAAAUAAGAAAGAAAGCCGCACCUCUGAAGAGAGAAAGGAGAGACAGUCUGAAGAGACUGAGAGCGAACCUUUUAAACGGGAAAAAUACAAGCCAUCUAAACAGAACAGGGAUGCUUCCUCUAAAGAGAAAAAUGUCAGGCCGUCCAAAAAGAAAGAAGACAGACCGUCAAGAAGGAAAGGAAAGGGCCUUUCUAUAAAGAAAAAAGACGAACCAACUGCCCAGUGUGAAAACGGAGAAAACAUGUGGCAGAUCACAGUAAAGAAGACAUCCUCCGGGGAAAUAACCCACCAAGUGCGAGUAAAGGGAGCUAGCACCCUGGCUUAUCAUGAGGGAUUGGUGAGAAGCAACCUUUAUGAUCUUGUGAAUGGAGAGAAGGAAAAAUUCGAUCUUUAUGAAGUGUGGAAGCAAAAGAUGGCUUCUCUGGAGAGUGAUAUCGAAGCAGAAGCUAAUCGGUGUAGAUAA